ACCCGAUCUUCCCGAUCACUUGUUUAUUCAACCGUCACAAUGGGUGCUCACUCUGCUAUCUGGCAAGGAUAUGUCGACUCCAGUUUGAUGGGCUCCGGCCAAUUUGACAAGGCUGGUAUCUUGAGCUACGACAUUUCCGCCCUGGAGGCCGGUUCUCCCGGGUUCACGAUCUCGCCCCAGGAGAUCGCUGCCCUGAAAGCUAGUUUCGCAGACCCCUCCUCCGUUUUCGGAACUGGUAUCACCGUCGGAGGUGAGAAGUUCGUCUGCAUCCGCGCCGAUGACCGCAGCAUAUACGGCAAGAAGGGCAAGGAGGGUAUCGUUAUCGUCAAGGCCGCCUCCGCAGUCAUGAUCGCUCACCACGGCAAGGAUGUCCAGACCCCCAACGCAGCAAAUGUUGUUGAGGGGCUCGUUGACUACAUCAACAAGCCCCAAUAGAUGGGGUCGAGAAGAAAACGCAGCGAUUCGUUUGAGUUGUGAGAAAGGAC